AUGGCGGAACUUGCUGCACAGGCUCGAUCAAGACCACGAUCCGACCGCGAAAACUCACUGGAACCAGCGGGGAAGAAACCGCGUCUGGAUGAGGACAAGGACAUCCCAGUAGAGCUGCCAGAGGUGCAGAAUGCUCACCCCGAACCUCCGAAGAAAUUGAGCAAAAAACAACGAGGCAAGGAGAAACGGAAAAACAAGCGGAAACACACUCUGCCAGAGCCAUACUCGCCCGACGACGUCCUCUGGCGAGACGUCGUAGCCCUGCUCGGGAAGGAACCCGUGGAUGAUAUACUGGAGGCGGAGACGGAGUGGGACUCGCCAUUUGAGUUCCAAGAGGAGGUUGAGCUGGUCGUAUCCAGUCUGUCUUCAAAUGGCGAAUCCCUAUCCAUCGCUCCCUCACCCAAACCCCCAUGGGUAGUCGUAACCCCCUUCGCCCUCCCCGGCGAACACAUCCGCGCACGCAUAUACCGCAACUCUCGCCUUCACUCCUUCGCCGAUCUUGUCGCCGUGCUCACGCCCAACCCCGAGCUGCGCGACAUGGGCCGCGUGCAGUGUCGGUACUUCGGCGAGUGCGCGGGGUGUCAGUAUCAGAUGUUGUCGUACGAGAUGCAGCUGGACCUGAAGCGGAACGUGGUCGUAAAGGCGUACCAGAACUUCUCCGGCCUCGACCCCUCCUCUGUUCCUCCCAUCCUGCCGACCAUCGCCUCCCCCCUGCAAUACGGUUAUCGCACGAAAAUCACCCCGCACUUCGAGGCCCCUCCGAAAAAGCUGCAAAAACAGUGGCAGGAGAACGGUAACCAGGCCGAGUCGGCUGAAAAGCCGGAUUGGUUGAAGAUUGGGUUCAAUAAGAUUGGGACGAGGAAGACGAUUGAUAUCGAGGAGUGCCCGAUUGCUACGCCUGUCUUGAACCAGGCGCUGGGUCCGCUGAGGGAAGGAAUCAUCAAAAACAUCUACUCCUACAAAAAGGGCGUAUCACUGCUCCUACGCGAUUCUCUAGAAGUGAAUCCCGAUGCGUCGUCAAAUUCAGAAGUCGACGCCCUCGCAGAGUCGAUAGAAAAGCACGUCUGCAUCACGAACCACAAGGCGACCGUCCGCGAGCGGGUGGGGGACAAGAUCUUCGAGUACCCCGGUGGCUCUUUCUUCCAGAACAACAACUCCGUGCUCGUCCCGCUGACCACCUAUGUGCGAGACGCCAUCUUCCCUGCCGCUUCGCUAUCUUCAGCGCCCGAGAAGCCGACGCACCUGGUCGACGCAUACUGUGGCAGCGGCCUCUUCGCCAUCACGCUCUCUGACCACUUCGCCAAGGUCGCAGGCAUCGAGCUCUCCGCCGACUCCAUCCGCUCCGCCACGCGCAACGCGCAGCUGAACGGCAUCCCCGCGGACAAGAUCACCUUCCGCGCGGGCGAUGCCGCCGACAUCUUCGCGUCCGUGCAGGACUUCCCGCCCGAACACACAGUGGUGGUCAUCGACCCGCCGCGCAAGGGCACGGACGAGAAGUUCGUCGACCAGCUGAUGCAGUUCGGCGGCGCGGCGGUCGUGUAUGUGAGCUGCAAUGUGCAUACGCAGGCGAGGGAUGUGGGCAUGAUUUUGGGGAAGAGGACGAAAGGGGGAGGGAGGUAUGUGCUUGAGAGCUUGAGGGGGUUUGAUUUGUUCCCGCAGACGGCACAUGUGGAGAGCGUCGCAGUGUUGCGUCUGGUAGAUACAACUUCUGAAUCUGGCUAA